AUGGGAGCGGCGCACUUCAUCAUUCCCGACGAGACCGGCCAGGAACUGUAUUCGACCCCGCUGGCGGUGGCGCAGCUCGUCAGCCUGGUGCUCGUCGGCGUGGUGGCCAUCAUCGGCUUUCACUUCCAGUGGUGGGAGGGGCGGAAGUUCCUCGAAAUCCCGCGCCCGUUGGACUACCUGGUGGUGGUGAACGUCCUGAUGUUCGUCGCCAAUAUCGGCAUAACGCUGUGGCGGAGUAGUCGUCGCACCACCACGAGCAUCGUGCUGUUCAUGGGGCUGCUGUCGGCGGCACUGCUGUACCUGCCGGGGAUGAUCGACACCACCAACCAGACGAUGGAUUCCUACUGGCGCUGGUGGGUGGUGCACCUGUGGGUGGAGGGCGUGUGGGAACUCAUCAUGGGCGCCAUCCUGGCGUACCUGCUCAUCAAGCUGACCGGCGUCGACCGCGAGAUGAUCGAGAAGUGGCUGUACCUCAUCGUGGGUCUGACGUUCCUGUCCGGCAUUCUGGGCACCGGGCAUCAUUACUACUACAUCGGCACGCCGAGCUACUGGCUGUGGAUCGGUGGCAUCUUCAGCGCCCUGGAGCCGCUGGCCUUCUUCGGCAUGGCGGCGUACGCGGUGGCGAUGGUGCGGCGCGGCGGGCGGCGGCACCCCAACUCCCUGGCGCUGUCGUGGACGGUGGGCUGCGCCAUCAUGUCGUUCGUUGGCGCCGGCGUGCUGGGCUUCGCGCACACCCUGCCGCAGAUCAACCUGUACACCCACGGCACGCUGGUGACCGCCAUGCACGCGCACCUGGCGUUUUGGGGCGCUUACGCCAUGCUGGUGCUCGGCAUGAUUUCCUACGCCCUGCCGCUGCUCACCGGGCGCAAGCUCUACAACACCGGCGUUUCGGCCUUUGCCUUCUGGACGUCCAACAUCGGCAUGGUCAGCAUGACGGCGGCCUUCGCCGUAGCCGGGGUAACGCAGGUCUACCUCGAACGCCGGGUGGGCAUGGAUUUUCUCGCCGUCCAAGAGGAGUUGGCGGUGCACUUCUGGGGCGUCGUGCUGGCGGCGGCCCUGUUCACCAUUGGCAUCCUGGCCUUUGUCUACACCUUCGUGAAAUCCGGCUGGCCGGUGGGCGAGGUCAAUGCGUCGGCGACCCCCGAGUACGCCUGA